AUGCCCGCAGAAGCUUCUGCGGUGGGUAGGACGUCAAUACCACCAACAGAAGGUAGUUCAGACCGUUUCAUACCGCGAAGUGUAAAGCUUCAUGGAACUAGAAUAACAACACCUCUCAGCCCCAAGCCGGAAGAUCAAAUACUCCCAGUCCGCCGAGUAUUCGCUCGAUUAAAUGUGGACUAUGCUCACCAGAAAACGAACAUUCGUGAGCUUCUUUCAAAGCCCACUUGGUCCGUUCGAUCCCUCUUACCUUCUCAUGACGAGAAACCUGUCGAAGAAAUUACUGCCAAACAGCUCCAUCAUUUAUGUCGACUUUCCGCACUUCCUAUCCCCAAGACACCGAUAGAAGAGAAGAAAUUACUAGAUACACUGCAUUUACAAUUACAUUUCUUGAGGGAUAUUCAGAAGGUUGAUACGGAUGGUAUAGAACCACUGAGGAGUAUUAGGGAUGAGACGUUAGAAGCAGAAGCGUUUGAGACAAUUGGUUUAGAGACUGAAGAAAUUAAGGCCGCGUUGGAAAAAGAGGAAUAUGAGGGCAGAAACAAGAGACCUAGGAGGCGGACUGAUAGUGUCAUUGACACAAAAGGUGUAGAGAACUGGAAUGUGACAGGGACUGCCAGCGAGACUGUCGAUUUUGGAGGCGGAAAGUAUUUUGUUGUGAGGAGUGGGAAAGAGACAGCGGAGAAAGUGGAAGAUCAAAUGGGUUUGAAAGGGGAGAAUCUCUCGCAUACAGAAAAAGAGAGACUGGAGACGCCGGGUGUGAACUGA